UAAGGGUUGUGGAGGAACAAAAAGCCUCUUCCAUCCACAAAAUAGCUCUUCCGUAUUUUCAUCGUUGGACAGAAAAUGCAGUGGGAGGGAAGUUUUACAUUCCCAUUUUCUAAGUUUCUUCUUCAUUUUCUUGGCAUUCUUGGCUGCAUACCAUUGAAGAGUUUCUUCAGACGGAGACAUGUCAACUUUAGUUAUCCCUUCACCUGCACCUUCUCCCCGUGAUGACGCCACCCAACUGCACCGUGCUUUCAAAGGAAUCGGAUGUGAUGCUGCAGUAGUUGUCAAUAUUCUUUCACAUAGGAAUGCAUCUCAAAGAGAUGCCAUUCAACAAGAAUUUGAAACCUUGUACUCCUAUGACCUUAAGAAAGAGUUGUCUUCAGAGCUUCAUGGCAAUCUCAAGAAAGCAUUGUUGCUCUGGAUGAAAAGUCCAAUGGAAAGAGAUAUUUCCACCCUCAGGCAGGCUGUAACAGGACAUAUUCCUGAACUUAAAAUUGCGAAUCAAAUAAUAUGUGCUCGUACUUCUUCCCAUAUUCGACAAAUUAAACAGGCUUAUAAUACUACUUAUGACGCUCAUCUUGAGAAUGAUAUUGAAGCUCAAGCAUCUGGAAAUCACAAACAGUUGAUGCUGGCAUAUUUAAGAACAACAAGGUAUGAAGGCCCUGAAAUUGACAGACAUCUGAUAGAGAUUGAUGCUAAAACAAUGCAUAAAUCUGGUGAGAAGAAAUUUGGAAUGGAUGAGAGAGUUCUGAUUCAGAUUUUCAGUGAAAGAAGCAGAGCACAUUUGGUUGCUCUUGAUGCUGCUUACCAGAAAAUGUAUGGAAGAGAACUCAGAAAGACAAUAAAAAGAGAAGCAACAGGAAAUUUCAAGAAUGCCCUGUCAACAAUUUUGCAAUGUGCUCAUAAUCCUGCCAAGUAUUAUGCUACGGUUUUGCGCAAAGCAAUGAAGGGUUUGGGAACGAAAGACACUACACUAAUCAGGGUAAUUGUCACAAGAGCUGAGGUUGAUAUGCAGAAAAUAAAGGAAGAGUACCAGAAGCUGUAUAAAAAGCCACUAAUUGAUGCUGUUCACUCGGAGACACUAGGCCAAUAUAGGACCUUUCUUAUUUCACUCCUGGGUGCUAAUUGAUCAGUAGCCCUAGCAAUCUCCCAUUUGGGAUUGUGUAGCAUAGGAGUUUGAAAUGUUGGUUUCCGUUUGCAAUUAGUUCCAUAACUUAAUGUGCCUGAAAUUUUAGUUCCGGAAUUUCUAUGUACGUGUUGGCUUUGAUUUUAAGGAGAGAUUGGUGUAGGUAUGAGUGAGGAUCAUGGAGCUGUUGGCUUGAAAUGUCAAUUGCUUCCAGAAUUGAUUAUAGAGGCAAUACACUGUCCCACUCUGCCCAAAAAUAAUAACAUCGUGUAAUAUUAUAUUAUAAAGCCCACUAUAUAUAUUUGUUUUUCUUUUAAGUGC